AUGUCAUAUUCCUCUUCUCCUUUAGGCAAAUCAAGGCGAACACAACCUCAGUGGUCGUCGCCAGAAGCCAAAGAACAACCUGUACUGCGCUUGUACAACAGCCUCACUCGCAAUAAGGAUAUUUUUGUGCCCCAAAAUGGUAAAAAAGUUACUUGGUAUUGCUGUGGACCAACUGUAUAUGAUGCAUCUCACAUGGGACAUGCCAGGUCAUAUAUUUCUUUUGACAUCCUAAGAAGAGUUUUAAGGGACUAUUUUAAAUAUGACGUAUUUUAUUGUAUGAAUAUCACCGAUAUUGAUGACAAGAUAAUUAAGCGAGCACGACAAAACCAUUUAUUUCAGCAAUAUAAAGAGAGCCAACCACAGCCACUUAACCUACUGAAUGAUGUUAAAAUCGCAUUAGAGCCAUUUUCAGCAAAGGUAAAGGAGACAACAGACCCAGAUAAAAAGCAGAUGCUGGAAAAAAUCCAGAAUGCAGUGACCACCGCUAUCCGUCCUCUUGAAGAAGCAAUGGGUAAAACUGCAAAUGUUCAGGAAGUGCAGACGAACACUCAGAUUUUACUAGAAGAAGCAUCAGACUUGCUGUCUGACUGGCUGGAUACCAAGCAUGGAGGCGAGGUGACAGACAACUCCAUUUUUUCACAACUUCCAAAGUACUGGGAAGGGGAGUACCAUAAAGACAUGGAUGCACUUAAUGUACUUGCUCCAGAUGUACUCACCCGGGUUAGUGAAUAUGUGCCAGAAAUUGUGGAGUUUGUGCAGAAAAUAGUGGAUAACAGUUAUGGGUAUGUGUCCAAUGGGUCAGUUUAUUUUAACACUGCUAAGUUCCAUGCCAGCAAUAAGCACUAUUAUGCCAAACUGGUUCCAGAAGCCGUCGGUGAUCAAAAAGCUCUCCAGGAGGGAGAAGGUGACUUGAGCAUCUCAGCCGAUCGUUUAAGCGAGAAGCUUUCACCAAAUGAUUUUGCACUAUGGAAGGCAUCAAAGCCUGGUGAACCGUCCUGGGAAUCACCCUGGGGCAAGGGACGUCCCGGAUGGCAUAUUGAGUGUUCAGCAAUGGCUGGGUCUAUAUUGGGAGAGUCCAUGGAUAUUCAUGGAGGGGGAUUUGAUCUCCGAUUUCCCCAUCAUGACAACGAGCUGGCACAGUCUGAGGCAUACUUUGAUAAUGAUCACUGGGUUCGUUAUUUCCUUCAUACUGGGCACUUGACUAUUGCUGGCUGCAAAAUGUCCAAAUCCCUGAAAAACUUCAUUACCAUUAAAGAUGCACUGCAAAGAAAUACAGCUCGGCAGCUCCGCCUGGCUUUCCUAAUGCACUCAUGGAAGGACACACUGGACUAUUCCAGCAAUACCAUGGAGUCGGCUGUCCAGUAUGAGAAAUUCAUGAGUGAAUUCUUUUUGAAUGUGAAGGAUAUCCUUAGAGCUCCUACUGAUAUCACAGGACAGUUUGUAAAGUGGGAAGCCCAAGAGAUAGAACUGAACAACUGCUUUUAUGACAAGAAAGCUGCUAUUCAUGAAGCCAUGUGCGAUAAUAUUGACACCCGGACAGUCAUGGAGGAAAUGAGGUCUCUAGUUAGUCAUUCAAAUUCGUACAUAGCCUCAAAGAAAGUAGCUAAACAGCUGCCCAACAGAAUGCUGCUGAGAAGUAUUAGUUCAUACCUUACCUACAUGCUAAAGAUAUUUGGUGCUAUUGAAGGAGAGGCUAUUGGAUUCCCCGUGGGUGGAAGUGCGCAGAAUGCAAAUCUUGAGACCACAGUAACGUACCUCCAAGUUCUGUCUCAGUUCAGAGAAGGCGUUCGAAAAUUGCCCAGAGAGAAAAAAGUUAUUGAAGUGUUGCAGCUAAGUGAUGCCCUCCGAGAUUACAUACUUCCUGAGCUUGGGGUGCGACUGGAAGAUCAUGAAGGGCUUCCAACUGUGGUCAAACUAGUGGACAAAGAAACUUUAUUGAAGGAAAAAGAAGAAAAGAAAAAGGUUGAAGAAGAGAAGAAAAGGAAAAAGGAAGAAGCAGCAAGAAAAAAACAAGAGCAGGAGGCAGCAAAACUUGCAAAGAUGAAGGUCUGUCCCAGUGAAAUGUUUAAAUCUGAAACUGACAAAUAUUCCAAGUUUGAUGAAACAGGCUUCCCCACACAUGACGUGGAAGGCAAGGAACUGAGCAAAGGACAAACAAAAAAACUCAGGAAACUAUAUGAAACUCAGGAAAAAAUGUACAAAGAAUAUUUGCAAAUGGUUCAAAAUGGAAAUGCAGACUGAGAACGUUUCUGUUUUGGAUGACAAGGGCUUGGGUACAAACAGCUGAUUGUAUGACCACUAAUACUGUGCUCAAAUCCAAAUACCCUCUAAAGGUCAUACAUGUGGGAUGUUGUUAAUAUUUAAGGCACCUUACACCUGAUUUUCUAUGAGUCUUGAGACGCCUUUUAGAUUAGCAUCAAUAAAGUUUUUAGGGUGGAAAUUUACUUUGCCCCUAAAUAGGUGGCUUAUAAUGUGAACCCUGUGGAUAUCUGUGUAAGUGGAAUCAAAUGAUGCCAUCUGCUGUAUACUGCCAAUCCAAAAUAAAAAUGUUGUGAUAAA